AUGGAAAACCAUAAAAACAUAACCAGAACUUUCAACGACGAACACGACGACGACGAAAAAAAGAUGGAGAUAUUCUUUUCACUCAUUAGAAGUUUCCGUGAAGCACGCGACCGAAGACAGCAGGAGCUAGCAGAAAUGGAGACAGCAAAUAAAAGAAGAAAAUUACAUCAUUUUCAGUCUCCGUCUUCUUCCUCUUUUGAACAUCAAGAUUUCCAUGUCACCCUCCCGGUAAAUCAACAUCAUAAUCAUAAACACGAAGAAGAAGAAGACGAUGAUGAUAAGUUGAACCUCAAGCUAUCGUUGUAG